AGCACUCUGCUGUGCUACACCUACAGAGCCUCCAUCUACCACCACUGGCUCCUUUCCCCAUUGGAACAUCACAGAGGAGGAGAACACUCAUUCUCCAUUGGUGACUAAAGAACUCUCACACAGCUUCUCAUACACGCACACGUCAUACUCACAUUACACAUGUGAAUGCUACCAGCAGUGUGAAACGCCCAGACCCACUGGACUCGACCACUGGGCCUCACUGGGUUAUACCUCUAUCCCUGUGGUACUCUACAGCUCUGACAUCAACUCAUUCCACAGCAUCAGAGUGCUGCUGAUUGUCACCAGAGCCACAACAGGGCAAUGCUCCCACAGAGUUCUCUGGUAUCCCUUCCAUAAGAGCUCCACAUCGCCAUGGGCAGUGGGCCCAGUAAAGAGCAUCAGGGAUCCAGCACUCAUGCAGCCUUGCUGGGCCAGGAAGAGCCCGCUGAGCCGGUCAUACUGGAGAGCAGCAGGUAUGUGGUAGUGGCCCUGUACAACUAUCCCACUGGACAUCCAGCAAACAGCAGUAUCCGCGCGGGAGAGAGAAUCAAUGUGCUUUCAGACGAGGGGGAAUGGUGGAAAGUGAGAUCCUCUGCCACAGGCAAUGAGAGCUACAUCCCCAGCAGCUACACAGCCAGAGUGUACCACAGGUGUCAGUAUGAGGGUCUCAGCAGAAAGAAGGCUGAGGAGCUCCUGUUGCUGCCCAACAACCAGACUGGCUCUUUUCUGGUCCGGGAAAGUCAGACCCGCCCUGGUGCCCACUCCCUGUCAGUGCGUAAGACCAGUGACCAGGACCGUUGCUCAGUCAAACACUACCGGAUCCAACAACUGGAGAACGGCUGGCACUACAUCUCCCCCUGCCUCACCUUCCCCACCCUCGCAGCCCUAGUGGACCACUACUCAGAGGUCACUGAUGGGCUGUGCUGUCUGUUGGGGGAGCCCUGCUUCAUCCAGGGGUCCAACAGCAUUCCUGUGGCUACUGGCCCAAUACCCAUGGCCGUCAGGAAGCCCACCCUCAACUGGAAAGAUGCGGACAGCUCCAUGAUUUUUGGCAAGGUCAAUGAGGAUUCCCUGGUGAGCGAGGGCCUGAGAGAGGCCAUCAGUUCCUACCUCUUCAUGACAGGGGACUGCAAAGACUGCAGCCAGAAAUGGGACAGCUGAGACUGGAGCUGUCCUCAGAGAGACAAAUAGUGAGAUUCACAGACUAAAACGGAGAUAAAACGGAGCAAUGAGCUUACCUAUUGUGGCAGAGGGUACCUGAGGACCAUAUCACGUGGCCAUGAACCUAAUGGAUCUCGAACAUUGUUGAGGAAACUUGGAUUCACAAGUCAACCACUGCAGAGAACCAUUGUUCUCAAAGCUAUGGUUGUCAAGUGCUCACAUUGUCAAGCAGACAAGGCCCAUAUUUGCUUGGAUUCAUGAUCAGAAGACAUUUUUAGAUCCUGGAGGCAGACUAAAAAAGACUUUACAGAAAUAAGGGAGUAUCUGUGCCCAUAGGAACACAAAGUGUUCUAAAGAGAUCAUGCAUUCAAACUGAUUACAGGUUGCAACAUGGAAAAAGUGUCUGGAAUGAGAUGAUGAUCCUCACUGUGUCAAAUUGUGUGCAUGAUCUCUAAUGUUAAACUAGAACAGUAGGUCUAAAGACAGUGACACGAUAUGUUGCAAUUUAUUAUGGGUUUUGAAAAGCUGCUAACUUCAUAAUGAAAUGUUCCAUUCAGCCUUACUCGUGAUUAUAAGUAACCACAGCUGAUUGCAAUGUUCCUUACAGAAAGUAGUUUGAUGGUGAGGUAUACAGCCAUAUGAAAGUCAUAACCACUUGCACGUUUUAAAUAGAUCCCCUCUAUCAUCAGUAAACAGACUAUUUGGUUGGUUUUGUUGAACUACCUUGAAAAAAAGGAAAUGUUUGUUGUAUGGGUUUCCUGUUCUGAACAGAAACACCUUUUAGCUGUUGCUUGUUCUCCACCACACCGCAGUAUAACUUUGACACAGGAUAUGGUCAAGGUGCAGUGGAAAAAAACAUAGUGCGGCAGAGACAGCAGAAAGUUAUGAUUCGUGCUAAAGAGCAUCUCAAAGUUACGUGAAAUAUUUAAGCAAUAAGGCAAGAGUGGUUGUGGUAUAUGGCCAAUAUACCACGGCUAAGGGCUAUUAUUAUGCAAGACGCAACGCGUAAACGUAUUUAGAAAAGUACAAAUAAAUGUUUCAUUCCCAUGG